UGAGGAGCGGAGUUGGAGCGCAUCAGAGGCGGUCCAGGAGCGCAUGAGGAGCGGACACGGGGAGCAGGCGGAGACUGAGGAAAAACGGUGCGUUCUGGAGACGGCUAGCGGCGCGCGGCUAAACCAUCCGCGUCCCAAAACCAACUCUCUCCUCGGAUUCACCCGUUUUCACGCAGAACUGUGGGCUGACGAUGCAGCGUGGACAUGGAGGCUCCUGAGUACCUGGACCUGGACGAGAUCGACUUCUCCGACGAUUCUGUGUAUUCUGUGUCGUCUCUGAAGAACAUCCCUGAGCUGUCGAGGAGGAGCGAUGGAGCCGAGGACAGAGCCCCGUCCGUCCCCUGGAGCCGCGGGGUUUCUGCUCACGCCUUGUCCGAGGUCCACAGUAAGUUCAGGCCGGUCAAACGAGUGUCUCCCCUGAAGCACCAGCCGGAGUCCGACCCGGGCGCCGACCCGAGCGCCGAGCCCCAGGACGCCAAACCCGCCGCCGCCACAGACGCCGCUAAAGAUGAGCCCGAGAAACCGCCGUGCGCCCAAACCGCCGGGUCGACCGCGCCCGGGCCGCACGCCGCCCGCCCGCCCGCCGAGCUCAAACACAAACCCGCCGGCGCCCCCCACGGUCUGUUUGGGGAACUGGAGCACUACGACCUGGACAUGGACGAGAUCCUGGACGUGCCCUACAUCAAGUCCAGCCCCAUGUCCACCACCCUGCCCCGGGCCGCACAGGAGAAGAGGAGCGCGGGAGGCAGCAGUGUGAGCGCCGCCGGGACCCUGGAGAGGAACCAGAGGGGCCCCAAAGCCUCGUCUCUGCCCCACACCGAGGCUCUGUCCCUGGGCAGCAGCAGCAGUGCGCAGACGCCGUUCUGCGUCCUUUCUCCGGUGAAAUGGUCUGACCUGAGGAAGUCUCGCUCCGUGGAUCCAGACCUCCAUCACCUCCAGCGCUCAGGGGCCUCGGCCGGAGCCUUCACCCCCACAGAGGUGCACUGCUCUGGGCUGCUCAGCUGCUCCUCCUCCCUGUCCUCCUUCUCUGACACCGGAUCUCACUCAGAAAAGCUCUUGUCCGCUCGCGUGUUUCCGGACGUCCAGAGGGCCGGGGGUGAAGCAGGGGGCUCGGGUCUGAUGUUUGCCCAGGGAGGGUGCGCCGUGACCAGGCAGGACCCGUCCAAACCCUGGACCCCCGGAGGACCUGCUCCAGAGAUGGACGAGGAGACCAAGAGGAACCAGAACAUCCUCAACAUCGUCAGAGAAGGACAGAUCUCUCUGCUGCCUCACCUGGCGGCCGAUAACCUGGAGCAGAUCAGAGACGAGCAGAACAACAACCUGCUGCACCUGUCGGCGUCGCAGGGUCACAGCGAGUGUCUGCAGCACCUGACGUCUCUGAUGGGAGAAGACGGACUGAACGAACGCAACCGAGACCAGCUCACCCCCGCCGGGCUCGCCGUCAAGAACGGGCAUCUGGAGUGUGUUCGUUGGAUGGUGAGUGAAACUGAAGCCAUCGCAGAACUGAGCUGCACCAGAGAAUUCCCCAGCCUCAUCCACUACGCCGCCCAGUACGGACAGGAGAAAGUUCUUCUGUGGCUGUUGCAGUUUAUGCAGGAACAGGCCAUUUCUCUGGACGAAGCCGAUCUCCACGGAAACACAGCAGUGCACACGGCCGCACAACACGGACACCUCACCUGUAUACAGACCCUGGUGGAGUACGGCUCAAACGUGACGGUGUUGAACCAGCAGGGGGAGCGAGCGUCUCAGUGCGCAGAGAGACACGGACACACUUCCUGCGCUCGGUACCUGGUCGUCGUGGAAACCUGCAUGAGUCUGGCCUCACAGGUGGUCAAGCUCACCAAGCAGCUGAGCGAACAGGCCGUGGAGAGGAUUUCUCUACAGAAGCAGCUCCAGAGACUCAUGGACCCAAACAAGACGGAGAGCUCCCCCUGCAGGUCUCCAGGUUCCCAUCAUGCCUCGGGGGAGUCGUGGCCGGAGCUUCUGCUGACGGCCGAGGUGAAUCCCGGAGACGGAGCGUGGACGGUGAGACCUCCAGAGCAGAGACCCGUGUGAGGCGCCGUGUCCCAGAGACCGACUCCCCGCGGCGGGAACGACGAGCCGCGACGCCCCCGGCCCCCCCGGCCCCCCGGCCCCCCCGGAGCCCCCGGAGCCCCCGGAGCCCCCCGCAGGAGAGAACUCAAACUGCAACGAUUCAAAAACCUCAACCACAGAACCAUGAGCGAGUCCGACACCGAGACCACGACGGAGCAGAGCAACGGCACCUACGGGCUUCAGUCUGACGAGGUGAAACCCGCCUGUGGUCUGCGCCCGUCGCACCUGCCGCUGUCGUCCGACGAGUCCGUCCCCGACCACCUGCACCUCAUGAUGAAGAAACACCUGCCCCACUCGUCCUCCAUCUCCUCCUCCCUCUCCUCCUCCUCGUCUUCCUCGGAGCAGCGUAAAGCCGCGUUUUCCAUCCGAGAAUCCAAAAGUCUGGAAAACUACGGCGGUUACUCGCUCCAGGACCACCCGCCCCACGAACCCGCCGCCGCCGAGGACCCCAACAAGGCCGCCACCAGCCCCAAGAGCGCCCUGAAGUCCCCGUCCUCCCGCCGGAAAACCGCCCCCAACCUCAAACUCCGAGUGACGUUUGAUGAGCAGAUGAUCCACAAAAACAGCAGCGGCGCCGCCGCGAGCCAGCAGGGGGCGGAGCCACGGCCGCAGGAGGCGGAGCCCAGGACGCAGCACAAGAGGUCCUUCGGAACGUUCAGGUCCAUCAUGGGAACGCUGAGCGGGAACGCCAACCACAGCAAUAACAACAACAGCGGCGGGACGGCAGCCAAUCAGAGCGCGGCGAGCAGGAAGGGAGGCAGUCCAGGAGGGGGCGCUAGAGGCAAGAGCCGCAGCAGCAACGUUUAAACGAAACAAAGUGGGAAAUCUGAAGGGUUUAAAAUACAGUUUCAUUUACAGACACGACACCUGAUUUAUUCUCAAACAUUUAGUUCAUUAUAAAGAGUCAAAGACUUGAGGCCUUUUCAUAUUUCACAACAACAGAAGAACUUUGUUCUUCUUCUGGAGGUGAUAAAGUUCUGCUCAGCUGAAGAGUCCAGAACAAACCACAAGAACAACAGGAUCUGGACCAACAAAAGGACCAACCUCAUUUUGUUUGUCCAGAUCUGGGAGCAACAACAAAGUUCUGAUGAAAUGUGACUGGGCCUUUACUCCUGAUUCUCCAACAGUAAAACAUCUUCAUGUUCAGAGCUGCUGGUGCCACAGAUCUGUGCAGGAGAAACACGUUCGACUCAGACGGACAAUCAGGACUGUGUCUUUAAGUCUCGACAUUUCACAUUUUACAGAUUAAAAGUUUGUUAAAAGUCUCAGGUCACAAAUCAGGACUUUUGUGAAAGAGUCUGGACGUGUGGCCUCCCGACCAGCAGAGGGCGACCUGCUCCAAGUUUAUUUAUGUGGAUUUAAAAUGUGAAAUAUCACGAACAGGUUUUUAUGACUCAACUCAGUCGUCCCCGAAACAAAGGAGAAAUUCAAUUUAUCAACUGGACAAACGAGAAGAACAGACCUGAGCCACAGAAAAGAAACAGUUUGAGAGGAAAGAGAAUCGUUCUUUAAACAUCUAUAAACAAACAACAGUCAGGUCCAGGUCAGGUCCAGAGGAGUGAAGGAUUCUUCUCCAAACUCAGGACAGACGAACAGGCCAAACUGUAAACAGGAGUGUGUGAGUGUGAGUGUGAGUGUAGCGCCCCCUGCAGGCAGAUAGACGUCAGUGACACCAGAGUCUGAACAGAAGUGAAGCAGCAGUUUGACGAGCUGAGGAACGUUGUUGUUCUUGUACCUGAGCCUCUUGUGUUUAGACAAAGUGUGAACAGUUUUCCUGACGCAUGUUCCUCUUCAACAAAUCCAAAUACUCCAUGAAAUGACUUUUAUUUUCCACACGUUCCAUUUAAGACACAAAAGACCAAACCUCCAAACUCUGCAGCACCACACGCUCCUGAACCUCCUGAACCUCCUGAACCUCCUGAUCCUCCUGAUCCUCCUGAUCCUCCUGAACCUCCUGAACCUCCUGAACCUCCUGAUCCUCCUGAACCUCCUGAAUCCUCCUGAUCCUCCUGAUCCUCCUGAACCUCCUGAUCCUCCUGAACCUCCUGAACCUCCUGAUCCUCCUGAUCCUCCUGAACCUCCUGAUCCUCCUGAUCCUCCU